AUGCUAGCUAGACAUUCGUUAACAAGAUCAUCUAUUUUCAUUGGCCACCAGUUUAGACAAUUUCACUGUACUUCCUUGGUGUGGAAGAAAGCCAGUAAGAAAACUGGAAAAGUGAAGAACGGCGACGACGAAGAGAAAUUUGAGAUUGUCGAUCUGAAACAAUACAUUCAAAGGGCAACUGUUGGAUUUGACAAGAGUCUAGAGCUUCAUAAAAAAUCUUUGAAUGAGCUAAGAUCUGGUACUUCUAAUCCUAAUAUUUUUGACAAACUGAAGGUGGGCAAAGAUGGUUCCAAAUUCACGGAUUUAGCCACUACUUCUACAAAAGGUAAAAGUAGUUUAGUCGUUACUGUUUUUGAUCCCAAGGAUACAAAAUCCAUUAUAAGUAGCAUUAUGGCUGCAGGUUUGAAUUUAAAUCCCGAGAGGAUUCCAAAUAAUGAGCAACAGCUGAAAAUAUCACUUCCACCUCCUACUACCGAAACCCGGAAGCAAAUGUGCAAGAAACUAAAAGAAGUGUUCGAAGAGUACAGAAAUUCUGCCAAUAAAAAUUCUCUGGGUCAUGUUCGCGCAGAAAUCUUAAAAGAACUGAAGAAGAUUGACAAGAAGAACGAUUCUGUGAAAAAGAUCAUUCAAGAUCUUGAAAAACUCCACAAGGAAUAUACAGGUAGACUUCAAGAUAGUUUUAAACAGGCGGAAAAAAGUGUUCUCGGUUAG